AUGGCUGCUCUAUCAUCAUGUCAAGGAGAUUUAGCCAAAACUAUCGAUCAUUUUAUAACAUUAGGUGAUAAUAUGAUAUCAAUUCAAAAUCAAUUACAAAGUGAUGUUACAUCGGCAUCAUUAGCAGCAGUACCUACAUCAGUUCCAAUAACGAAAUCGGCCUUUACACCUAUAGCAACAUUACCAACACCACAUCAAAAUGGACCAUCUUUCGAUUUUCGUCCGUCCAUGUUUUUUCCUCCUCAACUUCUUCCUCCACAAGCAAACAACUCGAAUCAACGCGAACCUCAUUUAUCAUUAUUACCACCCCCACCAUUACCUUCUGCACAUCAAUUUGCCGGUCUCUAUCCACCGCCACCACUACCAGCCAAUUUCCUUCAUCACUUUGCUCAGACCCAUCCAGUAGCUUUUGCAACGGCUUAUGAAAAAUUCUUUAAACGCCAUCAACAAGAAGCCGCUGCAGC